AUGGCCAGUUGUGACAACGGUAUCCUUCAUAAAGACAGUUUGAUGAGUGAAAUCAACUCACUGUUUGCCCCUCCAACGGCAGAAUCUUACGGCAAAAAGGGUCUAGGUGGAAUCCCAUCUGCACGCCGUAUCCGCAAGGGAACUGAAAACUCGUCAGGUGAAAGCUCUUCAGGCACUGGCGAUCAAACUUUGUCGGGCUUGAGCAACAUCAGUUCUUCUUACUCAGCUCAUUUCACUGGCCGUGAUGACCCAUUUUGGAGGAAACCUCGUGCCAACUGCCACGAGUUUUGCGAUAGCUGUGGUUGCAUCGAAGGUGAGCGGUUAGUGUGUGAUCGCUGUCCUGCAAGUUUUCAUUUGGAAUGCUUGGAUCCUCCACUGGAGCCAGACGAAGCCCCAAUAGGAGUCUGGUUCUGUCACAAGUGCUCAAUGGCCCUCAAGGACGAAGAAGACCAGGCUUCCACCUCAAGUAGUCAGAGUACGGCAGUCACAGAAACAGGAUCUGUGCGGUCUGGUCGACCUGUCUCGCGUUCCUCCGUUCGCAGACCGGACUCCACACAGUCGUUAAAUCUGCUGGCUGGCGCAGCCUUAACUCAGGUCCAACAACUGCAGCAACCUUCAAAAAGAAGUGCAUGCAUUUCCCGUGCGUUGACUAACGAACGCACUCUAACCGGUCGUUCUAGUCGUUCGGCUGCUUGGGGUGAAUCUGCCUACGUCGCUGAUACAGAAGAGUCUGAGCUGCGUGCACUAUGGAGUGUUAUCAAGUAUGCGCAGUACCAAAAUCCAAAAGAGUUUGAUUUACCGAAAGAUUUGCUCCCUGGAAUCAAACUUCCCGGCUCCUACAAAACCCUUGCUGAACGCAAAACGAAGUCCAUCAUUGAUUUGGAGAACGGCAUAAUUCCUCGUCCUGUGCGUCGGUGCUUCGUUUGUUCGAGGACAUGCAUGUUGGCGCCCUUGCUCCCCUGUGACUAUUGUUCAUCCUGUUUCCAUCUGGAAUGCUUGGAUCCUCCUCUACCUCACUUCCCACCUCGAUCGGAUCGAUGGAUGUGCCCGAACCAUGUGGAACACAUUACAGAGCGCUACCUGGUGCGCUCGAUCCGCCUCACCGAGCGCAUGCAGAUUUGGUCAGAUUUGGCCAAGGUUUCUAAAUCCAACGAAACUCCGACUCAUUCCGAACCCACUAUUAACGACACACUUGUAAAGAUAAAAGAUGAAGAAAAAGAUGCGUCUGAACAGAGUACACUGGACACUUCGUGUAAUGAAGAAGUCACUGUAGUUGAACGUCCAGCGAGAGUCGAUCGACCACGUACACCACCACUGGAGCCUGUGCCACCUUACGAACUGUUCUACGGUCCAGACGAAGAAGCAGCUAUUCUAGCUGACCUAAUGAGGAAAGUCCAACGCGGCCGAGCGGAACAAGCUUCUCUUAUCACUUCACUGAUAGGAACGACUGAGACACUAGCUGGUGAACAGCGAGAACUAACUACUGGUCUACCAGAUCGAAGUUUAUGGCGGUUGACUAGAUCGAAAGCGGUGCACCCCCGCGUUUUACCAAGCGAUGGAAAUUCGAUGCGUGUUGUGGUACCCCCCGCUGUAAAGGCGAUGUAUGCUCGUGGAGUAAAACGAGUCCCUCGUCCUUCAGAAGCUAAACCUGAUGUUCCACACCCACCGUCUCCCGGAAGGGAUGAUUCAGCUUUGUUUGUCCGUGGAUUACUUGAAUUUUAUUUGAAAAGUUCAUCACUACCCUGCCGUGAAGAGAACCCUAAAGAGCCUGUGGUAGAUGAGACGAAGCUGUCAACUCCAGACAGCAGUGUUUGCCCACCGCAUGUGCCAUCAAAAUCACCGUUGACUACUGAUAUCAAUGAGCCAUGGCCCACUAUAGAAAACUGCGUGAAGAAGUUAGCGGAAAUCGGAAGUUGCUUACAAGAUCUCCCUGCGGAUAGGCGGGAUCUCGUUGACUUGCCUCUAAUCAUUUCGCUGAUUGAACAACGUAUUCGGCAAAUUUCUGGUCGAACGGUUGAUGCUACAUUAUCAAAUUCACUCGGCUUAGUUUCCCCCUUAUCCGAAUCUCCGUUGUGGAAACUCCGUGCGCGUGCAGUAUUUACUCCCUGUGGGGGCACGCAUGGACCUGUUGUUCGGAUGCAUUACCGGCAACUGACUGUUGGUACUUCUCCGGAGUGUCAUCUCUUGCUGAACGAUCAUCGCCUGAACGGUUCGACCAAAUCAUGUCGUUUCGUUUCGCCACACCACGCCACCAUAUUCUACGACGAAUGGACUCAUCAUUUUGAGCUUAUCAACUACAGCGAAUUUGGCAGUCGUGUCGACGGUGUGACAUACAGUAAUGAUGUGGAACCUCGUUGGUCUGAGGUGUCCAAAGCUGCAAGUGCUAUUGACCGUGUCCGAGAGUUUUCCCGAGCCCAGUUCCCACGAGUGUUCCACCAUGAGGGAAGCAGGCCUAAACGACCCAGAAUGUAUGGACGCCGGUCUGAGGGCUACGGUCAUGCAUACGACUCUUGUGAGUGCACUAGUUUGGACACUGGUUUUUCGGGUACCUCCCCUCAAAAGGAUUUGACAGAGACAUGUAUGUCAGGCUGGGAAGGUUCGGCUAUUGUACGCCAUGGAUCUCUGAUUCAGUUUGGUUGUUAUAAAUUCGUCAUGAGCCUGGUGGAUAUUGCCCCGACCGACCGACCGAAUCCACCUUCCGAGCUCCCAGUUACUGUUGCCUGACUUCGCUCCUAAUUAAUCAUCCAAGAUUUAUAAUAAGUAACUUCCGCAUUUGUUCCUCUAUUUCCUAUGACUUAUUUUUACCAACGCCUGGUUCUGUCCGUCUGUCGGUGCAAGGACGCUGUUUCAUCUGGUCACCUACUCAAGUAUCAUUCCUUUUGAUACUGGACCAUGUACAGUUAUUGUGGUGUAUGUACCCAUUUGUUGAUUCCUGUUCAAAAACUAUAAAAAUU